GUGACGCAGCGCGUGGCAGGAAAAGCCGUUCCUCGUCCUCGUCUGCCGCCACGAAUCGGCGGCGCGUGAAAGUCGUGAAGUCUCCCGGAUUGGGAUAAUAAAGAAGCGUAUGACGAGCGAUUCUCCGCGGCUAACCAUGCUGGCGAGAUUCCGCAACAGCUUCCGCUGCGGCAUGCCCAAAUGCCCGAGUAUUCGUAUUCCAGGGAUGGAGAAGCCGGAGUCCUCCGCGGCGGGCGAGAGCGCCGGAGACUCCGGAGAGCUCGAGGAUCGGGACCCAAACAGCUUGAAUCAACAUCUUCAGGUGAUGUGGGAUGACGUGAUUGGCGAGCCGGAAGGGAUCCGGAGUCCCGAAUGUGCUUGGCGACUCAGCGGCCACUGUUUCCGGCUUUCCAGAGGAUGCUGUUACGUGCUUCUCUCCGUCCUCAUUGCGCCUCUGCUCGCCCUGCUGUUGGGCUUCACGUUCGCCUGCCUCGCGUUUCAGCAUAUAUGGUGUCUCGCACCGUGUCUGCGCGUGUGGAAGAUUACAUGCGCGGCGACGCGAAAUUUCUUGGCGGCGGUGACGCAGGCAAUCGUACGGCCGAUCAUGGAAGGGUUGGGUUACCUCUGCUACAAUAUCCGUGUAUUUAAUCAGAGGCUACCGGAUGGCCCUCACCAGAAGGAGGACCUGCUAAUUGUGUAAUCCGACGCUCUCAGCGGCGGCUUCGUUGGGCCUACUUUUCGCAUGUGAUAACGCUCUUCGUUAUCACGAUUUCCGCAUCCCUAUGAACAUGCCACGAUGUGAUC